CAGAAAAAGGCAUCAAAGAUACCUUAGAGCUCAGAUGUUGAGAAAUCCGCCCAUCUUUUAUUUCAUAUAAACUGCUAAUAAAUAGGAAGUAGUAAUCUUUACUCUUUCCUAUCUUUUCCAGUUCAUCUUCUUCCACUCUUUUCUGUUCCAGAUCUCUCAAAUGGAUUACUAUGCUCCUUCAGCACCACUAGCACCAAACCCAAAAAGAAAAAGAAAUGCUUGGCUUCUCUGUCUAUUGGUAUUCCUUGGAGUUCUUAUUUUUGUGGGUCUUCUCCUUCUAAUUCUUGCUCUUACCGUCUUCAAACCCAAAAACCCAACCAUAACAAUUAAUUCCAUCUCUGUAGAACAUCUCCAAUCCUCAGUAAAUCCUCCUCCAUCAAAACAAGUCUAUUUGAAUCUAACCCUUAAACUUGAUAUGUUAGUUACCAACCCUAACAAGGUAAGCUUUGAUUAUAGUGACAGUUCUGUUCAACUGAUCUAUGAUAGUGUAGUAGUGGGUGAAGCUCCGAUCUCGGCUGGAUCUAUAUCUGCUAAAGAGACUAAGGAGAUGAUAACAUCACUCACAGUGUUGGCUGAUCGAUUUCUAUCUGAUCCUAACUUCUAUCCAGAUAUGCUCUCUGGUACACUUCCUCUUACUGCCUACACAAGAAUUUCUGGUAAGGUAAGUGUUCUAAAUAUUGUUAAGAAACAUGUGGUGACUUAUACUUCUUGUAAUGUGAAAUUGAAUCUUCACAACUCAACUGUGGCUGACUCGGAGUGCACAUCCAAGAUUAACUUAUGAAUAGAUGAGUUUCCAGUUAUCCAUCUACUGGUGGUUAUGUAAUAUAAUGAUUGUUUCAUCAUCCACAUAGUUUAGAAUAUUGGAUUAUUUUCUAUGAGGAUUUUAUGUAAUUAGGUGAUUUUUUUUGGGGGGAGUGGGGGGAUAAUUAUUGUAAUGAAGUGGAUGAGAUAAGUAAUUUGGUAUCAUAUUCAUACUGUAUGAUGAUUUAUUUGAUGUAAAUAACAUAUAAGGAGCUAGUUUA